AUGACGGAGUGGACCCUGCUCAAGCGGCUGCUGGACGCUGUCCACCAGCACUCCACCAUGAUCGGGCGCCUGUGGCUCACCGUCAUGGUCAUUUUCCGGCUGCUCAUCGUUGCUGUGGCGACUGAGGACGUGUACACCGACGAGCAGCAGAUGUUUGUGUGCAACACGCUGCAGCCGGGAUGCUCCACCGUCUGCUACGACGCGUUCGCGCCCAUCUCGCAACCUCGCUUCUGGGUGUUCCACAUCAUCAGCGUCUCCACGCCAUCCCUCUGCUUCAUCAUCUACACGUGGCAUAACCUGUCCAAGCUGCCUCACAAUGCCACCCAGAGGCAGCGGCGGGGACCAGGAGUCAUCCCAGGGCUGGGAGGCCCCAACGUGGGGCAAGGCAGUGGACGGGAGGCGUAUGACCGAAGCUGCGACUCGGACAGUUGCUCCAUCCGCUCCCAUAAGCAUCUGGGUCACAGCGUGGCGGACGUGCUGGAGGGCGGGAGCGCAGAGGGUCAUGUGGUCUCUGGAGGGGUUUUGUCUAAAUGUUACAUCUUCCAUGUGUGUGUACGGGCUGUUCUGGAGGUGGGCUUUGUCACGGCUCAGUGGAAGCUGUUUGGCUUCCAGGUACCUGUCCAUUUCCUGUGUACCUCGAGCCCCUGCAGCCAGCCGGUGGACUGCUACGUGUCCAGGCCCACGGAGAAGACCAUCUUCUUGCUCUUCAUGUUUUGUGUGGGGAUUUUCUGUAUCCUGCUCAACCUGCUGGAGCUCAACCAUCUGGGCUGGAAGAAGAUCAGGCAGGCUGUGAGGCUGAGGGAGAGGGCGUCCUGGGGAGGAUGUCCAGGUAUGAGAGGGGGGUAUGAGACCUUCCCUUUAGACAGCCCCUCUCUCACAUAUUCUUUGGGCUGCAGGGACAUGACCAGCACCACUUCCCUGCCCACUUUGGACCUGGUGGUGGGGCAUCAGCCUGACUGGACCUGUGCUGUGAACAGGGAGCCUGAGGAGGUCAGAGAGACUGGACCAGAGCAACCAAAGACACAGGACUCCCCUAAAGGAGAGAGGCAGCCUCUGAAGAGUAAGGGAGCCAUCAGAGAGUCCAAACAGAGAAGUGCUGAGGUCUGGAUAUAG